CCUGUGACGUCGCUCGCUCUGGUCCCGGGGUGCGCUGCUCUCUGGUCCCGUCUCAGCAGAAACCACUUUAGUUGCUGCUUCGACCGUUCACACGAGCUGCGGUGCAACGCGCGCGGUUACGGUGCGGCGAGGCUCUUUGCGUGCACCCAUUGUCCUUCUUCUGCUCCACGCUGCCUGUCUUGUCCCACAUAUCAGUGAACUGUUUCCACACUCCGCUUGAAGAGAGAGAGAGAGAGGGGAGAGAACCUUGGGCGUUAAAAGGAAGAGGGCGAGAGAGAGAGAGAGAGAGAGAGAGAGAAGGCAGAAAGAAAGAAGAGAGAAGAGGAAAGAGAUUGGCGUGGUCCCUUCUCCUUCCCCGGGCUGAAUCUCCACCGAGAAGAUGCUUAGAAUAGCCGGCGUGUUGGCUGUAGUGGCUCUUGGGUUGAGCGCCACUCACACCAAAGUGAAUAAACAUAAGCCAUGGAUUGAGACAUCGUACCAUGGGGUGAUCACUGAAAACACUGACAUCGUUCUGCUGGAUCCUCCUCUAGUGGCCCUGGACAAAGAUGCUCCUAUCCCCUAUGCAGGGGAGAUCUGUGCGUUCAACAUCCACGGGCUGGAGGCUCCGUUCGAGGCAGUGGUGCUGAACGGUACGUCUGGUGAGGGUCAGCUGAGGGCCCGUGGCCUGGUGGACUGCGAGCUGCAAAAGGAGUACACCUUCAUCAUUCAGGCUCAUGACUGUGGUUCUGGCCCCGGGGGCACAGAGGGCAAAAAGUCCCAUAAGGCGGUGGUGCACAUUCAGGUCAACGAUGUGAAUGAGUUUGCUCCGGUGUUUCGUGAGCCACAGUACAGAGCUGCAGUGACAGAGGGCAAGAUUUACGAUAGCAUCCUGCAGGUGGAGGCCACUGAUCAGGACUGCUCCCCACAGUACAGCCAGAUCUGUAACUACCAGAUCACCACCAGCAGCACACCCUUCGCUAUAGAUCGCAACGGUAACAUCCGGAACACGGAGAAGCUGAGCUAUGACCGCCAGCAGCAGUACGAGAUCCAGGUGACGGCCUGGGACUGCGGCCAGAAAAGAGCCCUGCACAGCGUCCCUGUCCGCAUUGACGUCAAGCCUGUCUGCAAACCUGGCUGGCAAGGAUGGAAUAAGCGAGUGGACUAUGAGCCAGGAACAGGAAGUAAACAGCUGUUUCCCAAGAUGCACCUGGAGACCUGUGAUGGGCCGCUGUCGUCUGUGAGGACCACAGUGGAGCUGCAGACCAGUCACAUCGGAAAAGGCUGUGACCGUGAGACCUACUCUGAGAAAUCUCUACAGAAACUCUGCGGGGCCUCCUCAGGCAGUACUGACCUUCUCCCUGCUCCCAGCGCUGCCACCAACUGGACAGCUUCCCUGGUGACUGACAGCGGCAGGGACAGUGACUUGAUCUUCAGGUUUGACGGUCGUCAAGCGGCUAAAAUCCCAGACUGGGUGGUACCCCAGAAUCUGACAGACCAGUUCACCAUAGCUACAUGGAUGAAGCACGGACCCAGUCCUGGGCUCAGAGCUGAGAAGGAAACACUGCUCUGUAACUCUGACAAGACUGAGAUGAACCGUCAUCACUACUCCCUGUAUGUCCAUAACUGCCGCUUGGUGUUCCUGCUGAGGAGAGACUUCACCCAGGUGGACACCUUCAGACCGGCCGAGUUCCACUGGAAACUGGAGCAGAUCUGUGACAAGGAGUGGCAUUACUACGUCAUCAAUGUAGAAUUCCCAGUGGUGACACUCUAUGUUGACGGAGUGACCUAUGACCCCUACCUGGUGACUGACGACUGGCCCAUCCACCCCUCGCAGAUUGAUGUGCAGCUCACAGUCGGUGCCUGCUGGCAAGGUGGAGAGGUGACCAAGCCGCGGUUUACUCAGUACUUCCGGGGCAGCCUAUCUGGACUGACCAUCCGACCGGGGAAGAUCGAGAGUCAGAAAGUCAUUUCCUGUCUGCAAGCCUGCAAAGAGGGACUGGACAUCAACUCCCUCGAGAGUCUGGAUAAGAGCAUAAAGUUCCACUUUAACCCAGCCCAGUCUAUCUUGGUAAUGGAAGGAGAGGACUUGGAAAACAUGAACGCUGCUGUGAGGAAAGUUUCCUACAUAAACUCUCGGCAGUUUCCUACACCAGGCAUCCGGCGUCUGCACAUCUCCACGAUCGUCCAGUGUUUUGGUGAAGACACUUGUAUCACCAUCCCAGACAUCGAUGCAGUUGUCAUGGUGUUGCAGCCCAGUGAGCCCAGGAUAACCAUCACUGGAGUGGAGAGACUGAAUCGGCCAGCCUCCGACCUCAGAGCGUCUGGGGGCGUAGUGCUUUUCCAGGACAUCCACAUCAUCAGCACAGUCACCAGGGCAGACACCACUGCACAUCACACAGCACAUCGACCCGGUGUACUGGAGGAGAUUAUUCAUAAUUUGGACUACUGUGAUGUGUUGGUGCUGGGGGAGGAACUGAGGCCAGACCAGGAGUCCCUCCAACUUCAGCGCAGCGCUCUUCUGGGAAAACACCUUGAUGCCACCAACUCCACCUCUGGAAUGUCCAUAUAUGGAGUGGAUUCUAUGUUCAACUAUGAGCAGGUGAUUCGACAGGUACGUUACUAUAACUGGCAGCCCGGGCAGCUAACAGAGAGAAGGUUUCGCCUCACCUGCUCAGAGCUCAAUGGACGCUACACCAGCAACGAGUUCAACCUGGAGGUGAGCAUACUGCACUCUUCAGAACCUGGGGAACAUGUCAAUCACAUGGUAGCCCCACCUCAGUACAUGCAAGUGGUCCACCAUCCAUCCAUGAUUCAUGACCUGUACCCCAGUCACAGCUCAGCUGUGCCGAGUGCUGCUACUGUGGUAAUUGUGAUGUGCAUCGCAGCAUUGGUGGUGGUUGUGGUGCUGGGCAUCUACCGCAUUCACCUGACCCACCAGCAGGAGGUCAAGCUGGCAGAGACAGCUAAAGAGACAGACGUGACUUGGGAUGACUCGGCUCUGACGAUCACGGUCAACCCAAUGGAGAACCUGCAGGAGCCCCAGGCUGCAGAGGAGGAGGCCAGUGAGGAAGAGGAAGAGGAAGAAGAGGAAGAGGAAGAAGAAGAAGAAGAAGAAGAAGAGGAUGACGAGGAAGAGGAGGAGGAGGACGACGACAUCACCAGCGCUGAGUCAGACGACAGCGAGGAGGAAGUGGACAUCCAGCUACCCAGGAUGCAACGCCAGAGCAAGAAGGGCCAAAACUGGGACAAAACAACAAUAUCUUAUUGAAACGCACAUUCACAGCAACUCUCUCUCUCUCACACACACACACACACACACACAAACACACACACAAUAUACACAUUCUGCAACACAUCAAUACUAAAACCUCAAAUCAGAUGGUUGAAAUGAGACUUUAUGUGAUGUUGAUGCUCUAAAAUGAGGUAAUAUCUCCCCCUACUGGAAGACCACAUUGAAACACACACACAAACCUGCAGUGCAAUGAUAAGCCUUGUCAGAAAACAUUCUGUUUUAUACAGCUGAGAAGAAAUAAUAUGACACCGAAAUGACUAUCAUACUUCUUUAAAGGACAGCUUGAAAAAUUUAGGUCAUCCCCUGAAAGCUGUUUUUCCUUGAAUGAUCUAUCUCCAUCACAGUCUACACCACAGCUACAAUAUUUAGUGAAAUGAAGUUGUUUGAAUCCCAUUCUUGUCAGUUACCAUAUCUUCAGUUUGAUGUGUCAAAUUCCACAGUGAGAUCCCUGAUGUCCCAUGAAAAUGCAAAACAGACUUUAUUUAAGAAAACUGAGUUGCAAAAGUAAAGAAUCUGACUAUUUUUGGUUUGUAUACUUCAUGUUAUUUAUCAGUCUUUAUUCUAGCCUAUGUGGCAAAGCCAGGUGAUUUUACAGAAAUAGCAUAUUUUCAAUGGUACUCAAAAACAACAAAAAAAAAAGAUGAUCUGUGUGUCUCCUUGUAAACUUUUAUACGCUCCUUUCUUGUAAAUAGUGAGUAUAGUAAGUGACACCCCAUCCCCACCAACCCCACCCCCUAAUACCACUUUCUCCACCCAGAAUCCCCCUCAUCUCCACUCAUCUCUGUACACAGCACACUUGCCACCUCUUCAUGUGUAUGUACGUAUCCUGAACACUUAGCCUGCAGGAGCCUUUACUGGACUGACCCUUGGUCCUCUGUGUGUGUUUUUAGCUCAGAGUUCAAAUCAUUCCAGCUGACAUCCAGUUGGGUUUGUUAGGAUGGAUGUGCCACUGCCUUCAUAGUGACUGGAGUAAAAGCUGCACUAGGCAACAUAUUCCUGUAAAGGAGCACCAGUCUUGUAAAAUGUAAAAUCACACAGCAGGAACCCAACAGAUGCCAAUCCUCUCACUAGUCAUGUAUAGUCCUCAAGACUUGCCCAAAUGGAAAUUUUAGCCUUGACAUUAUAUUUUAAAGGAUGAAAGUCAAUAGAUUCAAAUAUCUCAUGUUAAACAUCAGAGCUAGGCUGACCAUUACUGGAUUUCAGAAGCCAAUCAUGAAAUCAUUAUUUGACUUUUUACAAAAUCUGAUAAUUAGAUAAGAAACAAUAUUUUUUAACAUAGCAUAAAAACACUUUAUUUAAUAGAGAUUCUUUAAAUAUUGUUUUUAAAGAAUUGUGACCAAUAUAUGUAAUGAGUCAAAUAUUUUACCCUUGAAAAACGGACACUGACAAAGAACACUAACAACAAAUACAA